CUGUUUUGUAAAAAUAUUUUGUCAAAAAUUACAUCUAGAUUCUAGAGUUUUAAAUAGAAUAAAUAGUUUCCUAAACCAAUUCUUAUAAUACUAGGUAGUUACAGAGAAAAGAGUAUUCUUAUUUAAAAAAAUAAAAUUACAUAGAGAAGGGUUAUUUAACCUACGAACUCAAGCAGAACCCUAAUCCGCAGAGCGCUUCAGUUUCUUACCUAAAAGAUUUUGAUUCUUAGUCAAACAAAUUUCCGACAUUCAUUCAUCGUCUGAACUUAUGGAGACAACAGAAGAGCACAGCAGACGGCGCCAUAAGCGUUCGAACGGUGAACAUUAUAAUGCGGUCUCAGUCGAUAGGCUCAGCGAUUUGCCGGACUCGUUACUCUGUCACAUUCUCUCUUUCCUCCCGACCAGAUUCUCCGUAAGAACCAGCAUUCUAGGUCAAAGAUGGCGGCAUCUCUGGUCUUACGUCACCAAUUUAGUUUUCCGCAACAAUUCUCAAGACGCCAUAAACAAGGUUUUGUAUCUACACAAACAUCGAAACAUUAAUACUUUUAGCCUCACCGAUGGGGUUGGCUGCAACGUCAAUCAAAUCGGUACGUGGAUUACUUAUGCCGUCGCGCGCAACGUGCAAAACCUCGAUCUCUAUUGUUGUCGGUAUAAAAUCGCUCUGCCUCGAUGCCUCUUCACAUGCGAAACCCUAGUUGAUCUGAAGCUGGACUCGUGUGGCGUAAUACCGAACGGUGGCGCUGCGGGCGCCCUGUUUUUGCCGCGCCUGAAGAAGCUUCAUCUAAUCCGUCUUCGAUACGAGGCUGAGGAGUCCCUCCCCCACCUUCUCUCCGGUUGUCCGAUGCUCGAGGAGUUGACGGUCUGUUUAUUCGUCAGUAGCUAUCCUCGUAAAAUAUCCUCACCCACAAUCAAACGACUCGCAAUCAGUCUUCAUUUAGAUGGUACGGCAUCUCGCAACCAAUUAGACUACGACCGCAGGCUGGAGAUAGACACCCCGCGCUUGUUUCUUUACUCUCGAUCCGUGGUGGAAUUUAUCGGUGGGCUCCACAAUGUUAAAUGCCUAAGAUUAGAGUUAUCGCAUUGUACAGAGAUGGUUGACUUGCUAUACUCUGCAUGGAGGAGUAUAAGUUUUCGUAACUUGACCGAACUCAAAUUGUCUUCCGAUUGUUUGUUUCUCUUGAAGUUCCUUGAAAAAGCGGAUAAUCUUGAAAUCCUUACUCUCUCGCAGGGUGGCGAUGCAAAGUGGAUUCAACCGAAACAAGUGCCGACAUGCCUAUUGUCUCGUCUUAGAGCUAUAAAGCUUGUUGGCGUCAGAGGUAAAGAGUACGAGUUUGCGAUUAUGAGAUAUCUUUUGUUGAAUGCUCGAGUCUUGGAGAGGAUGGAAAUAAUAUAUCCGCGGGAAAAGAUUGAAAUAAUGCUGAAGGAAAUCUCGCGGUUCGAACGAGGAUCCAAGGCAUGUAAAGUUGCUUUUAUUUCUAAAGGGGUAAGGGGCUCUGCAAAAUUAUCAUAA